AUGUCCGACAGACACGCUGCUCUUGAAAAAGAGCUCAGGCAGCUCGAGACCGUCAAUGCCGCCGUGUCAGACCUCAUAGGCACUCUCAGAACCACCAGACAAAAUAUAGCCAUCACUCAUGAAGCCACGGAUGAUACACAAAAACUUCUCAAUAAAUGGGUCCAAAUACUUUCACAAACAAACUUCACCAGAGACAUUUUGACAAACCCCCAUUGGCAGUUAGAGGAGGAAGAAGGAUAUAUCGAGUCGCGGCUUCAACAGGAGAAAGAAUUGACAGAAACGUUGGCAUCGCUUCGCCAAGACAACGAAGAAUUGACUCGAAAGCUCGAAGCUCGAGAAACAAAAAGAGGCGUGAAGCGGCCACGAACGCCUAAUACGAAGAGAUGA